GUACAUGCGUGUGAGAGCUGCUGAUAACGCGAUCAGACAACGCGCGGUGACGCCUAGAUUCGGUUUCAAUUUCUUUGUGAAAUUCGUCGAACAGAGCAAGGAAUGGCCAACAAGUCCGUGCCGGUGAAGAAAGUACUCAGCCCACUCCAGCCCGCGAUCACCAGCGACAUGGUCAACAAGCUGCAGCAGACGCCGGAGUCCAAGGCGAAGAUUUCGGGGACUCAAGAUGGAAGCGUGGCUGCUACGUGGCGGUCCCCCCAGCUAAUGAUCUUGUUCGAGGAUGGGGACCUGCACUCGGCACGGCAGCACCUGCUCGACUCGCUGCAGAACCCGUUCGCGGAAGGAGCCGUGGCCACGGUGCUGGUGCAGGAGAGUGUGCGGGAACAGUUUGUGGGCCUGGUGGCACAGAACCUCAAGCGACUGGAGCCACAGGUGGCCAGCAAUCCCAGCUAUGUGCGCACCCUGGCCCAGAUCGAGCAGCUCAACGCCAAAGUGGUCAAAGCUGAGGGAGAUGUCCCAGCCGAUGCAUCGCCCCUGCUGGUGUCUGACUUUUCGAGCAGCUAUCUGGGACAGCCGGGUCCUACCGGCGCCAUUACGCUGCACACCUUCCGCACUGCGCGCGAGGCCACGCAGGUGAAUGUGAAGGAAUCUGUGCCCUAUGCCCGGGUCAGCAUCUGGAACGAGAAGCUAGCUUGUGCCUACGAAGUGCUCGGUCAACUGACCGUCGACACCAUCACCAUCAACUGCUUCAACCCGGAUCUGAGCCCCAUCCGACCGGCGUUCGAGGGCAACCGAAACGAUGUUUGCCUGGUCAAGGGCUAUCACUACGAGACGCUGACAGUGAAUUCUAAGCGCCGGAUCGUCGUCUUCCCGGUGGGCACCAUAUUCGCCAACUAAUUUGGAGCUGGAGUUGGACUGGGAGCCGAUUUCUAUUCCACAAGGUGCUUGAUCAAUCAUGCCAUACAUAUGUAGCACUCCUUUUGUAACUAUUUUUUAUACCAAUAAUUGUUCAAUACACGCGUUGCAUGACCGAACC